AUGAGUGAAAAACCCACAUCAAUUAAAUUAGUCGUUGUUGGGGAUGGUGCUGUUGGAAAAACUUGCCUCCUCAUUUCAUAUUCAAUUAGAAAGUUCCCUGAAGAUUAUAUUCCUACAGUAUUCGAUAAUUAUGUUGUGUCAUUAACCGCAGGCACAAGACAAAUUCAAUUGGCGUUGUGGGAUACUGCUGGACAAGAAGAGUAUGAUCAAUUGAGACCAUUGAGUUAUUCAUCUGCUUCAAUAUUUUUAAUAUGUUUCUCUGUCACAAGUUCUGUAUCAUAUGAUAAUGUAAUGUCAAAAUGGCACCCUGAAGUUAUUCACUUUGCACCAAAAGUUCCUAUUAUAUUAGUUGGAACAAAACUUGAUACUAGAAAUGAUCCUGCUAUUGUUAAAAGACUAACAGAACAAGGUAUGACUGUUAUUAAUACUGCAAAAGGAGAAGAACUUAAAAAUCGUAUAAAAGCUGUCAAAUAUAUUGAAUGUUCUGCAAAAACAAGCGAAAAUUUAAAGACAGUUUUCGAUGAAGCAGUUAAAACUGUGUUAAUGAAUAAACCACAGCAAAGAUCAAAGUGUGCUCUUUUAUAA